CUAGUUCUGCGACAAAACAAAAAAAGCAUCGUGGAUAAUUCUGUGGUCAGUUGGCUUUCUUCAGCCAACUAACAAUAUACAACUCCUCCAUCUGCUUCAAUCUCUCGGGCGAUGCAGACUUUUGCAAUUAUAAACUUCUUCAGGGAUUAAUUAGCCAACUAAUUAACGAUGGAAUCAAUUGGUCUCCGCGAGCGCCCUGUUCGGAAAUGCCGCCUACAGAACUCGAAAGUCAACACUAGUCGCGAGGAACUGAUCCCCGAUGCCCUCAGCAAUCCGUCGGGCCCUGGCCAUCAGCCGCCCAAAUUCACAAUCGAUCUCUCUCUCCCGCCAGAGCAGAGGUACUCGCACGUCGUCCCCGAAAUGCUGCCCGAGAUCAACAAUUCCCAACUGGAGAGUCUGUUCACCACCCUCGUCUCCGAUAUCGCUCCGCGGCCCAUCGCCAAGCUAAUCAACCUCCUCGCCCCCCGAAUACUCCGGCGCGUCUACUCGGACGAGGAAAACGCCGAGCUGAGGGGCAUCGCCCAGGCGACGAGGCUGCCGAUGCACCUCCUCGUCGCCUUCAACGUCCUCCUCGACCUGCUGAUGGGCUGCACCAGCGGCGGCGUGCGCGUCGAGGAGCGCGUUCCCGGCGCGUCCUGGGAGUCGCGCGUCCUGCACUUCCGCACCCUCGACUGGGCCAUGGACCCGCUGCGCCACAUCGUCGUCGAGCUCGACUUCGUCCGCCGCCCCGGCGGGCCCGUCGUCGCCACCUCGCUCACCUACCUCGGCUACGUCGGCGUCCUGACGGGCGUGCGCGAGGGCUUGAGUUUGAGCCUCAACUUCCGCCCUUAUCACGACUCUACUACCUGGCGGAAGCGGCUCGCGUUUAAGAGGCACCAGCUUCUGGUCGUGCUCGGGCGCAGGCCGUCCAUCUCCUCUGUGCUGAGAUCGUACAUCAUCCCCCGGGUGGGAUCCGAGGCUGCCGGGGGGCCAGGUGGGGGCGACAAGAGCCAGUUCGGGGGCUGGGGGAAGAAGGGUGGCAAGGCGAAGCGAUCCGAGCCAGACGACUCCUCCGACUUCCCCAGCAUCGAGCGCACCCUUGCGGAGCUCUCAUCGGCGCCCUCGACGUCGGCGUACCUCGUUCUUUGCACGCCGCAAGCGGCGCACCUCGUCGAGCAGGACCACCGGACGGCGUCGGUGCGGGCGUCGGGCUCGCUGCUGGUGGGGUGCAACCACGACUGCACGGACGAAGACAACGCCGCCGCGCUCGAGGCCGCGGCGCGCGACCUCGCCGAGCACGAGACCGCCACGGGGAUGGACGUCAUCAUCCAGUCGUCCAUCGACCGCAAGUGUCGCGUCGACGAGAUCGUGCGCGAGGCGCUGGCGAGGCGGAGGAGGGAGCUCCGCCGGCAGGAGUGGGCUGUCGCGGUCGAGGAUGUGCUCGCUGUCUUGCAGGACCCUGAGGUGUCGAAUAGUGACACUCAUUACGCUGCCAUCAUGGACCCGCAGAAUGGAAAGAUCCUGUGGAGGAGGGUGUACAUGCCUGGGGAGCUGGGGGAGUUGGAGGAGCCAGAGGAGCCGGAGGAUUGGUCCAUGGUUUUAUAGAUAAUGUUAGGAUUCUACACCUCGGCAGCGUCGAUCUAUUAACUCAUGGGGCCAUAUACACCUAUAAAUAGCAUCCCAUUAUGACCUGAAGCAUGAUAAC